AUGGGACAAAUGUUUUCCGAUCGCUUCCGGCCGGAUCGGUACCCGAUGGUGCAGGUGCGUGGUUACGGAUUUCUCGCGGCUACCCGGCUGGACACGGAUGGUAAACCGCCCGGUUAUGAUUGGCAUGCGUUUCUGACGAUACUGAAACACAUGAAGCUGCGCUGGGAGGUGCAAAUUUACACCACGGAACCAACCGUGAAGCUGAUGCGGUGGUUCAACCGUCAGCUAGCCACCGGUAACAUACACAUCUUCAUCGAUCGCAGCUUUCGGGCGGACUUCAACUCGAUAUCGCACGUUUUGCCGGAAAUGAACGGUGUGUGUCUGGUGAUUCCGAAAACGAAAAAGUACGAGAUACUGCAGCAUCUGAUGAGGCCGCUCCUCUCGACGACUUGGAUUGCGCUGAUCGUUGUCCUGCUGGUUGGAGCCUUUCUGGCCAACCGCUGCUUUAAGAACAGUCUGCUGGCGGCGCUCAUCUUCAGUGUGGACCUUAACGCACCGGGUGUCACGCGUACGGAGCGGACGGUUCUGUUCGCUAGCUUGCUUAUGUUUUUCAUCCUGUCCGAAGCGUACCAGGCGAAGCUGUUGGCGUUAAUGAGCUCCUGCCGGUAUCCACCCGAUCCGAAAACGGUGGCCGAGUUCCUGCAGACUGACACCCUGUUGUACGUGGGCGAAGCAACCGCUACCGUCGUUUCGUUCCGUCCGGGUAUCGGAAGGCACGUCCGGAAUGUGACGGAUUACUGGUUCUCGUUUGACGGUGAACAGUCCUACGGCACGUUGAUGCCGUGUCCCUUCGCAUGGGAUAUGUACGUGCGGUGGAUCAAUCAGCAGUACGACCGGCACGGGCACAACGUACGUCCGCAGGUGCACAUUGUGCGCGAGAAGAUUCUUCGGCUGCCGGCUUCGUACACGUUUUCCCGCACAUUCGCACUGUAUCCGAGGUUUCGGGCGUAUCUGUCGCAAAUAUUCGAAAGCGGCCUGAUGGCACAUUGGCAAACGGAGCAAGAUCGGCAGCGGCAGUACGAGCAGAGGUUAGAAUUCGUGGAGAACACUAUUAUUAGCUUCGGUGAUCUGACGAUGGUGUGGACGGUACUCGGGAUCGGCAAUGCGCUGGCAGUGGUUGUGUUUCUGAUGGAGCUUUCCUUCAUUGCUCUGAAGAAACUCGCCUGGAGUUACAAGACAAAACGCCACCAUCGGUUGGUUGUAUAG